AUGCUUGCAAACGAGGUGCCGGCAAAUCGCCGUCUUUUACAAUGUGCCAGUGCUAUCUUCUGGUGUUUGUUAUCUGGUGGUCCAAUCUUUGGAUUCGCUGCAUUGAAACCCGUCUUGAUCCGAGAGAAGGUCUACGAAAGCGUUUGCGACAUCUCCAUCAAUGGCACCACAUCUGGUUGGGGUCAGACCUUGGUGAUGGACCCAGAAAAGUUUGGAUCUUUGACAUUGUCUUUGGUCAAGGGCAUUGUGACUGUCGCCGAAGAAGAAUCCGUGGCCAAAUGCACUGAUCAGGACUUGAAGUUGAACAUGAUGUUCACGGUGGGUGCCAUGUUGACCAAUGUGUCUGCUAUUGUCAUUGGUAGAAGUUUGGAUCUUUUUGGACCCAAAUUUUGUGGUCUUGUUGGCGCUGGUUUCCUCUACCUUGCAUGUGCUAUUUUUAUUUUCAGUAAGACCAUUGAGGCAUCACCAUUAUUGUCUUUCAUUGACCCAUACUUAGUUGGAUAUGGAUCUAUGGCUCUUGGUGGUCCAUUCGCCUACAUGUCUUCCUUCCAGUUGUCGAAUUCGUUCCCUUCAAAAUCUGGUACAAUCUUGGCUAUCAUCACUGGUGCAUUUGAUGCUUCUUCUGCUUUAUUCUUGGUUUACAGAAUCGUCUACAACGCUUCUAAUCAGACGUUUACUCUUGACCAGUUUUUCAAGAUCUACCUUUUAGUGCCUACUUUCAUCACUAUUAUGCAGAUUGUCCUCAUGCCAACCGAUUCUUAUAAAACUGCUCCAGACACCACUUUGUGUGUUAAUGACUCAGCUGAAGUGAUCGAAGCUGCCACUGAAACUGACGCUUUAUUAGCUUCUGAAGUUGCUCACCAUCCACCAGCUACUGGUAGAAGAGACUCUAUUGGUGACGCCUUGAAGCAGCCAUAUGCUACCGAGGGAGAAGAAUUUUUGGUUGAGCACUCAGGUGGUAUUUUCGGUAUCUUGCACGGUUACUCUGCCAAGUAUCAAUUGAAGACUCCAUGGUUUUAUUUGAUGUGCUUGUUUGCAACAAUUCAAAUGUUGAGAUUGAACUACUUUGUAGCUACAGUUGGUACUCAGUACUCAUACUUAUUACACUCUGUAUCCAAGGCUACUCUUUUGAACAGAUUUUUCGAUAUUGCCUUGCCUCUUGGUGGUAUCAUCUCGAUUCCAUUUGUUGGUAUCUUCUUGGAUUACUGCUCCACUGUUGUUGUGUUGACUGUUCUUCUUCUCGUUUCCCUUCUUAUAGGUGUUCUUGGCCUUCUUCCAAGCUUCUACGCCGGUUUACUCAACGUGGCCAUUUUUGUUGCCUACAGGCCAUUUUUCUACACUGCUAUCUCCGACUUCUGUGCUAAGGUCUUUGGUUUCGACACUUUCGGAACUGUUUAUGGCUCCAUCAUCUGUAUCUCGGGUGUUGUUAACUUCUUCCAGUCCACUUUGGAUAAACUCACUCACACUACAUUCAAGAUGAACCCAACACCGAUCAAUAUUGUUUUGGUUUUGACUACCUUGGUUAUUGGAACCAUCACGAUUCUUUACGUCAAACAGCAAGCUGGCCACUACAUUUCCACGGGAAAGGCAUACUUCUGUACCGUUUUGUCGGCAUUUGCAAUUGUCAUCUUGUCUGUGAUUGGUUAUUUGUUCAAGAUCGGUCAUGAGUCUAUGAUGGGUUCCACCAGCGACCCAGAAGAUGGAGACGCCGUGGCUCACACUGUGUUUGGAGCUGUCUUUGUAUACUUAGCAUUCUUUGUUUUUUGUGGCUCACAAGUCUAUUUGAUUCAGAGAGAAAACAGAAUUAAGUUGUGA